AAUACUUUAUCAUGAAAAUGGUAAAAUUAUGAAAAGGCUUUUAUUUAUACCUGAAGCAAAACGAAUCUGAUCUUUGUAUACAUAUAUCGGUCAUGAUAAUUCAGGCAUAAGAAGGUCAUCUAUUUAUACAUGCUUUGUUAACUUAUUUUUCUAUUGAUUGAACGCGAGCUGUAGGAGUUGUUGGGUGUGUGCUUUAACAAGGGUGUAAAAUCGAAAAUUGUAAAAUCGGAUUUAAAUAGAAAUAAACAGAUUGUUAUAAAUCACUUGAGAUAGGAUUUAUAACUUCCUAACAACCUUAUCAGAGACGGGUUACAAGAGGAUAAUUGGACGUUAAAGUAUGGAGAAAACAGAAGAUGGCUCGAAGAGAUUUCUAGGAUCGAAAGUUCUUUUUAUCCUACUGGUCAUAAUUUACUUAUAUUGGUUUCUCUGGGGCGUGACAAAAUUUGUGCUUGGUAUUGUAUACAUAAACGAUUGCGAAGAUAUACAAAUGAUACCAAUCUUCAUACUGGUGGACGGAUUUACAUAUAUCCCGCUUGCCAUUGGUCUUAUACCUUUCUACAGAGAGAGUAGCGAUUCUACGAAACGAAACGCCCAGUUCCUUCUUAUCUUUGGAAUAAUACUUUGCGCAGGUUGGACAAUAACAGGGUCUUGUUUUAUUUACCCAAGCAACAAGGGAAAGGAUUGUGACGAGGUAGUCAGGACAAUCGGAAGCGCCACACUUGGCCUUAACUGGGGCACGAUAGGCAUUUGGGGUCAACUUGUGUUCCGUGCGCUGUUUUAUAACGGCUGCAGCUGCUGUUAGGCCUGCGUGGAUAUUUACAGCACACGACUCCUAGCAUGCUAGAUGUUAAAGGCGUUCGUCAAGCCCUUUAGUUUUCUAGCAUUCACCUGUUUGUAUCUGCUAGAAGAUUUUAUUUUCGUGAAAAGUUAAACAAUCAAAUUAAGAAUUUCAUGCAUUAAUAAUGCAAUCUCUGGCCUUUGAAGUACUUUUGUUUUCAUUAUAAGUAAAAUGGCUUGAUUCAGCGACCACAAUUAUUAGACACCUUCAAUCCCGGUUCCUAAAGCUUUUUCUACAAAGACACAUACUGUGAAUCGUCUCCCGCAGCCAGCUACAAAGAGUGUACAUAUGUACGGGAACUAUUUUAUUAAAUAUAACCACGAAAUAUACGUGUAUUUUAUAUGUAUUGGUGCAGCUAUAAAUAGUUAUUAUAUAUAUGUUUAGCUUAAAGAUUUUUUAUUUAGACAUUAAUAGUGACACUAAAUAUAGCCAUGUACAGGAGGAGGGUUUCUCUCCAAGCCAUGGUUUGGUAUAGGAGAGAAGCCAUGGUUUGGUAUAGGAGACAACGCUUGCGUGUUCAUAUGUAUAUGUUGACAAUAAAGGAGCUUUUUUUUACCAUAAUACUAGUAAGCCAGAUAUAUACACAUUUUAUACCAUUUGCUAGUCUAGAAACUAAUCUCGUGAAAAUAAUUAAAAAAGAUGGUUUAAAACAUUGUUAAAAAAUACCCCUGGUGAAACGAGAAAAAUAAAAUUGUCCUCGCAUUAUUUCAUACAAAAAAAAUAUACCCUGAACUAAAAAUGCUGUAGUUUCUAUGUGUUAGUUUAAUCUUUUAUUGUUUGUUGUUUUUAUCCGAUUUUCAUAAAAAGGUUGUAACACCUAUAAAUAUUUAUUGUUCGGGGUAAUGUAUUUGAUACUCAACAGCAAUACAAUGUUGUCAGUAUUUUGAAAGCUAUUUGUUUCAUUUAUACUGCUAAACAAAAUGAAAUCCGUUUCUGUUGAGUUUGUUGCUAUUCUAUACUUUUCAUGUAUUCUUAAUCUACCUCUUGUAAAUCAUUGUUUAUUGAAAUAAAAUGUUGAAAACAAUGUU